AUGGCUGGUGGCGUUUCGAGUCGAACUCGUAGCAAGAAUGUUCGGUUGUUCAAUACUAUUUCCCUUGAUGGAUCAUCUUCCUCUAAAUUAAAGCGUAGUAGAAAGAAUUAUGAAGAUGAAACAGGUUUUGACUCUGCUUCUUGUUCUAAAAAAACUAGGGUAAAACAAAAGCCUUUUGUCUUGUCUCAAAAUAUUAAUGUUAUUUGCAUUGAUGAUGAUGAUGAUGAUGAUGAUAAUGAGAAGAUGUUGGAGGGUGACGACGAUGUCAAAAGAAAAGUAGGGAGUGAUGAAAGUGGAAGAGUUGAUGGGUUUGAUGCUAAAAAACAAGAAGAGAGUGUCGGAGGAAGUCAUGAUCACUUUGUUGAUGAAAACUGUGAUUGGACAUCUGAAACCUCAAUUACAAAUUCGGAUGAUGAAUCUGAUUCUGAAUCUGAUGAUGAUGAAAGUGAUGAAAGUGAGACUAGUGAUGAAGAAUUUCAAGUUAAUGAGGUGAGUGAAGUUUCUGACAAUGAUAAUAUCAGUUCUUCUUAUGAUGAUGAUGAUGAUGAUGAUGAUGAUGAUGAUGAUGAAGACGUGGAGGAGGAGGAGGAGGAGAAAAAAGAGAAGAAAAAUGUUUGGAGUGUGGUGGAGGAGCUGGUGAGAGAGGUGAAAGAUGAAAAAAGUGGAGUGAAAGAUGGUAAAAGUGGAAUUUCGGAGAGCAAUAGUAUUGAGGAGGUAGAGAUUGAGAAUAGUCCUUCUUCUGUACACAAUGAAGAAUCGGAGAAUGCAGAUUAUGGUAGUGUAACAGCCUCUAGUGCCUUAGAGAAGAAGGGUUCUUUUGAUCCAAUGAAAGCUUCUUCUUCUUCAAACCUGAAUGAAGCAUUCUCAGAGACAAGAAAAGCAAAAAGUGUGGAAAUUGUCUCUCUUGAUGAUGAUGAUGAUGAUGAUGAUGAUGAUGAUGAUGAUGAUGAUGAUGAUGAUGAUGAUGGUGAUGAUGAUGAUGAAAGUGUGAAUGUUGGUGAUUAUGAUGAAGGAAAAGAGCAAUAUGUCCGAGGUUUAGGCGUUGAAGGAGUUUCUUUGUUUCAAACGAAACGAGAAAAAAUGGGGAAUUCAGAUAAACGCACAAUCAUGGAGGGCAAAAAAAGGGAUCAUGAAGGUAGAGCUAACAUCUGUAAUGGUGAGAAGAAUGAAUCCAUGGAGAACAAAGAAAGGGAUCAUAGAGGUAGAGUUAACAUCUGUAAUGGUGAGAAAAAGGAAUUCAUGGAGAACAAAGGAAGGGGUCAUGAAGGUAGAGUUAAUAUCUGUAAUGGUGAGAAGAAGGAAUCCGUGGAGAACAAAGAAAGGGAUUGUGAAGAUAGAGUUAACAUCUGUAACGGUGAGAAGGAGGAAUUUAUGGAUAACAAUGGUUGGAUGAAUCAAAGAGAUAAAAACACACUUUUUCUGCCAAAGGAGUUGCGUUUGACUAAACGCCUUGCUGAAUUUUACUGGGGCAACAAGACUGCAGUGAAGAAUGAUUCUGUUGUGAUGGAGGUGAAGGGUGACGUCGUUGAUUGGCAGCCACCUCUGGUUUCGGUUGAGGCACAUCCAUUGAUAUGGAGCCUUAAGAAGGUGAAAAAAUUGCAAAAGACCAUAGAGGAGGAGGAGGAGCAAGUGUUAUGGGAUGAAAUGAAUGCAUCCCUUAGAGAAGAGGAAGCUGAAUCUAUGAUUGGAAAUUUAGGGGCAAAUGGAAAAAUGGCAAGUCCAUAUUCUCUCUGUGAACAUGACACUUUUCUUGACGAAGAGAUUGGCGUAUAUUGCAAAUUUUGUGGUUUUGUUGUCACUGAUAUCAAAGAUGUCUCACCACCAGUGGUUGAUAGAUUUCCCAACGGUUCGGGAAAAAGAGCUUCGUCUGAUAAUUCAGUAAAUGUCUCACCCUUUGAUGGAUCUCAGUUCAAUGUUUCUGAUGGUGGUGACUCAGAGACUAAUCAUUUCUCUAAUGGUAAAGGCACAGUUUGGGACCUAAUUUCUGAUGUGAAACAAACUUUAUAUCCUCACCAACAAGAAGGAUUUGAGUUCAUUUGGAAAAACUUAGCAGGAAACAUCAAUCUUCGUGAGUUGAAGUACGCCGAUCCUCACAGAGAGGGUGGCUGUAUAAUUUCACAUGCUCCCGGAACCGGAAAGACAAGGUUGACCAUAGUGUUUCUCAUGGCUUAUUUGAAAGUUUUCCCGGAGUGUCAUCCGGUUAUCGUUGCUCCUGCGAGUUUGUUACUUACUUGGGAAGAUGAGUUCAAAAAAUGGGACAUUGGAGUUCCAUUUCACAAUUUUAAUAAUCUUGAAUUCUCUGAUAAAGAGUACAAAGAUGCUUUUAAUGCAGAUAAUUGGUAUUAUUUACCUCAUAGUAAAGAUACAACGCGAAAGGCGAAACUGAUUUCGUGGUUCAAAGAAAAGAGCAUUAUGGGAAUCAGUUACAAUUUAUAUGAGAAGCUAGCCGGAGGAGGAGGAGAAUCCGAAGAUAAGAAAAAGAAAAAAUAUGCAAGUGUGGAGAAGACAAAAGAAAACAGUGAUAUUGGAAAGGUUCUACGCGAAAUUCCUGGUUUGUUGGUGUUAGAUGAAGGACACACGCCAAGAAAUCAAAGAAGUCGUAUUUGGAAGGUUUUGUCCAAGAUUCAAACAAAGAAGCGAAUUAUACUUUCCGGAACUCCUUUCCAGAACAACUUCUAUGAACUUUACAACACUUUGAGCUUAGUGAAGCCUUCUUUUCCUAACACCAUACCACGUGAGCUGAAGAAGUUUUGCCAGAAGCAGGAACCUAAAAAAACGUCAAAAGAAUGGAGCUGGGAACCAAUUCAUGGCAACACAACAGAAAAUCCUUCUGACAAUAAGAUCAUGCAAUUGAAGUUUUUAAUGGAUCCCUUUGUUCAUGUUCACAAAGGCGCAAUCCUUCAAAAGAAGCUUCCUGGACUAAGAGAUUGUGUGCUAGCUUUGAAGCCGGACCGUUUGCAGAAACAAAUUCUUGAGAGCAUUCAAAGUUCUCAAAACACAUUGAUCUAUGAGCAUAAACUGACAAUGGCAUCAGUCCAUCCAUCUCUUUUGCUCGAAUGUGGUCUUUUGGAAGAAGAGGAAUCAGUUAUCGACAAGAACCGGUUAGGAAAACUUAGAUUGAACCCCUACGAAGGCGUGAAAACAAAGUUUUUGGUGGAGUUUGUUAGACUUUGUGAUGCUGUUAAUGAGAAAGUUCUUGUGUUCAGCCAAUUCAUCCGUCCUUUAAGCUUAAUUAAAGACCAAUUAAACAUGGCUUUUAAUUGGAGCGAGGGGAAGGAAAUGCUGUACAUGGACGGAAAGGUUGACCUAAAGGACAAACAAUCCUUAAUCCAUAGCUUCAAUGAUGAAAAUUGCCAAGCAAAGAUUCUCCUUGCAUCGACAAAAGCUUGCUCCGAGGGAAUUAGCUUAGUUGGAGCUUCAAGGGUGGUUCUACUUGAUGUUGUAUGGAAUCCGUCGGUUGAAAGACAGGCUAUAAGCAGAGCAUAUAGGAUUGGACAGAAGAAGGUUGUAUACACUUACCAUCUGCUCACUCAAGGGACUACCGAGUACCUAAAAUAUUGCAAGCAGGCGGAAAAAGAUCGGUUAUCUGAACUUGUUUUUUCGACUAAAAAUACCGAUAUCGAUGAGUUAAAGAGCUGUGCAGUGGAGUUUGAAGAUAGAGUUCUUGAUCAAAUGAAACAGCAUGAAAAGCUCAAAGACAUGUUUGGUGAGUGUGUGGUACAGCCCAAGGAGCGCGAUUUGGUUCAGAGUUUCGGCCAUUCAUUAUGA